AUGCCCCGGGUCGAUGUCCUCGAGGACUUGGUUCCCUCCAAAGCUCGCUUGGAGGCUCUUUUCCAUCCUCGACCAUUCCUCUUCGGGAUCAUCGUCGCAAGCGCGACUGGACAUGGCCUCGGAUUGACACCGCCUGGCAUAGAGUUCGGCGCGAUGAAAUUCGAGCAAGGACUGGCGUUCGUUCAUGCGGCGUCGUUUCUCGGCAAAGUAUUCGUAGCUCGGUUGCGAGGUGAGGUCGUCCAUGCGAGCGAGUUCGUCCUCUUCUUCCUCUUCUGGAUCUUCUCCCGGUGGUGAUUCGUCGUCAGACUGCCACUCGUGAUCGUCAUCGGCCGGGUCGGGGGCGCGAAUCUGAUCAUCGAUCUUGUUCUUGACUUUGAGGUCGGUCUGGUAUACCCCACACAACCUCGGUUCCAAGGCAAAGGCGCCAUUCUUGAUCCUCCGCAACAUGCCCCGGUCCUGCACGAUCUGCAUCGUUUCCAAAUCGAUAAUGUCGUCGUCUUCCUCUGGGAUCGCUCGACUGGAGCCGAUGUGGGUGUUGUAGAGCGCCGAAACGGAGGACCGGGUCGAAUGCGCGUGGGGGUGGUGGUCGCUCGAUCGGGGCCGGGUCAGGGUCGUGUGGCGGUGUUCGAUGUCGAGCCAUGUUUGGCGCAUGCGACGAAUGACGUGCUUGUGCGCUUGUUUGUGCAGGUCCGAUUCGACUUGUUCCCUGGUAUUUGAGCGGGGUGGGGGAGAGGGCAAGGCUCAGCUUCAUCUCGUGUGGAGGUGUGUGGGUGUGAUCGGCUGCGCGAGAUGGCGACUGACAAUGACCAGUCACUGAACGAACGAGCCGAGAUGUUGAUGGGUGCGUUCGCCUUUGCGUUCGCCUUUGUGUUCGCCUUUGCGUUGUCUACGCUGCCGCUCUGCUGCGGUUGUCUCUGCGCGACCGCGGCGGAGGUGAUGAUCGCUGCCCCCGACGCCGACCGCCGGGUCGAGUCGCGUCGUACUACAUCGUCGUCGUCGUGCGCUCGUGAGGCUCGCGGCCUUUCAUCAGCAUCAGCGUAGCGGAUGAUCACCGGUCGGAUCGACAUCGUUGUUGCUGAUCGGGCCCUAGCUCCUCGGCGGCGGCGACAUUGGGAUUGGGCGGCGGUUGGCAAUGCGUUCUCGCGACAGAGAGUAUCAGUGCUCGGUCAGAGCUUCAGCGAGGCAACACAAACGCGUCGGCACGCGUCGUUUGUAAUCGCAAUUUCCCAACUCGCGCGUCGGGCGCUAUAAUGCUCAGCGCUCAGUUCAGGCCGUCCCCAGAUAUGAUGGAGCGCUUACGAGCACGCCUCAGUUUAUAAUCGGAAUUGCAAGCGGCGUCAGUUCUCGGCGUCCCAGAAAGCGGAGCGCUUACGAACCAAGUUGCUGGCUCCGUCCAUCUCGAGCAUCCUGCCUCGAUCAGCAUCGUGCCUUCCGUGUUCGAGCUCGCUUCCGCUGCCUGGUCUGUCGCACGUGGGGUGUGCAUUCCCGUUCGCCUUCUCUUCGCCCACCGUGGCUUCCCCACCGCUCCCCUCCUCCCGGGCGACAACGUCCAACUCGGUGCCAUCGACUGAUCCCCAUCCCCGCCCCAGCUUGUCAUCGCCCUCCCCUUCCUCAGCGUCCUCAAUAAGUCGUCUCGAACUGCUCGCCUCCCUCGACGCCAUCAUCUGGAUCCUCUUUGUGCAUUCCUACCUCGUGUCACCCUCCCAUCGUACGUUGCCCCUACCCUACCUCUCCAACCGAACGAACCAGCUCACCCCACGCUCCCCCCUCUCACCCUCUCUCUCUCUCUCUCUCUCCCUUUCUGUCCGACAGUCCUCACCUUCCUCCUGCGUCUCUUCUCCCACAUCCAAUUCUCCUCCUCGCGCAAGAUACACCCUGCCCGUUCCUUACGCCACCUCCUCACCGUCUGGUUCUUCGUCAAUGCUUCUUCGGUGAUCGUCCACGCUUGGCAAGGUAGUCGAGGCACGAAAGGCACCAAAAGAUGGAGUUCGACCGGACUGAUCGUCGAUUUCGUAGGACAAGGUAAAUCAAACUUUGAACUAUGCGAGGUGUUUUCUUUUGAAGUUACAUCCCACUAAAAGAAAGGACCCUGCGUUGCGUUGCGUUGCGUUGAAACUUCUUUGUUUCAUCCAGCUAUCACCCCUUCGAAAUCGCACCUCGUUUUACUCGACCUCCUCAUCGCCCUCUCCCAAUUCGUACUCAUCAUACUCGUUUUCGCCGACCCCGAUUGGCGCAGUGCGGUCGAACGAACGGAGGAGAAUGAAGAAAUUGGCAGGGAUUAUACGGCUUUGUUGGGCGAGGAAUGGGCCGAGAACGUUCAAGCGGACGGAGAGGGGUUGGAAGAGGAGCAGCAGCAGGGGGAAGGUGGGUUCGGUCGUCUCUAGGGGAGUGUAGGGCGCUUCCAGAAGAAAAGGCUUACCUUUCUCGAUGUUCCGUCCCCCCUCCUCACAGAUCUUACAUCAUCUACAAUACGGCGUCGUCGUAGAAGGCGAAGAAAAAGGCGCACCCAUCACUCCUCGGACAGCUCAAAAUAUUCCUCCCUCCCCACUACUCUUCCCCACUCAAGACCCAGUCCUAGGACCUUUGAUUCCCCCAUGUUCGAAAUCAACCUGCAGAACCUUGUCGAGGAAUUGAGGAGGUCGAACAAGGUGGAUAGGGAAGAGGAGGAGGAAGACGGCUUGGUCGAUUUGGAGGAGGGGAGGGGGUAG